ACGACGCGAGAAGCUGAAGAGCUCGGCGGCGCCCCUGACCAAUGCUUCCUACUCCGAGCAUCAGCCGUGUCCCGCCAUCUCUCACCCUCCCGCCGCCGCCGCCGGCGGCGCCGACGACGGCCAGGAGGAGGAUGAGGGCCGCUGUGAGCGCGGUACGGGCGGCGUCGGCGUCGUCGUCGUCGCGGAUCAGCAGAGAGGAGGCGGUGGCGCGGAUGCCGCCGCUGCCGCACCGGGACGUGAUGCUGGCGGUGGCGGGCGAGGCGGAGGCGCGGCUGGGCUCGCGGCUGCUGCCGUCGGAGGUGCCCGCCGACGUCGCGUGGUUCGGCAACGCCGCCGGGGACGCCGUCGGCUCCGUCGACGUGCGCCGCGGCGCGCCGGGCUCCUCGAUCGACUUCAUGCUGGAGGCGUGGUUCCACCGCGAGCUCCCCGGCGGCGGCGGCGGCGGCGGCGGCGCCAUCGACAUCACCGCGCUCAUCGUCAACCUCAACGGCGCCACCGACGCGCCGCACUUCGUCUUGGAGUUCAUCCAGGGCGGGCCGGCCUCCCUCAUCGUCCUCCUCGACCUCCUCCCGCGCAGGGACCUCCCGCUCCACCCGUCCUACAUCGACAGGUACUACGCCGCCACGGGCCUCGACGCCCGCCGCCGUGGCUUCCUCGACGGGAUCCCGCAAGCCCGCCCCUACGUCUCGUCGUCGCUGCUCAUCCGGAGCCUGUGGUCGCCGACGGCGGUCGUGGCCGACGUCCAGUGCGGCGAGGGAGGGGCGCCGGCGCUCGAAGGGAUCGUCCGCGGGCAGCUCGCCGCCACGGCCACGGACGUCCUCGGCGUCUGGCUCGAGCACUGCGUCGUCGGUGCAGGCGGGGCGGCGCCGACACCGGCGCCAGAGGAGGAGAGGCAGCGGCUGGUGGCGAGGGACAGGAAGGUGGCGACGGAGCUGGUGCUCAACCUGGCGGCGAACCUGCCGAGGAUGUUCGACGCCGACGUGGCCGACAGGGUCGUCGCCGAGAUCGGCAAGGCGUUCAUGGGAAACUAGCUAGCUGCAUGCUAGCAAAGGCUACCAUUUUUUGCAUGCAUGGCUAGCGAUCGAUCGAGGUGCUCCUUUCAUUCACUUACAGUGAGUAACGACUCCGACAGUUUCCCAAAUUACGUUUCUCAAAUCCUGUGUUUUAGUAAGUUUGUAAAUAAUAUAACAAAGAAAAUUUUGUUUUAUCUCCAAAAGUUUAGGAUAUCGCAAUUGCCAAUUACAGAAUUAAUCUUCAAAUCGCAUCCAGUCUUCUUGCGUCGUCGCCUAUGUUGCAGAGUACCGCACCAACCCGCGCCGCCCAAAUCCGCU